UACAAAUCACACCUACUUCCAGACAGCGUAGGGUUGGGCAGUCAACCAAGGUCCUUGGAAAGCACAACAAAGCACUUGUUCACAGACACAGAACCGUCUCUGCGCGUGGGACGGGACGAAAGAGGGAGCCACCACAACUAAAGCAGGUCACUAAUAAACAGGUUCAUUUCGUUGCUGAGUUUAUUUCAACCUCUCUGGUCUACAUCUUGACGGAUACAAAGUAAACUCGCAAAACGACGGCGUUUUCGGUACUGCGUUAAGGCGCCAACAACCGUCAGUUUUUUUCUUUUACUUUCAGGUCCCUGCCAAUCUUUGAGAGAUGUUUGAGAAGCAGCGUUACGACAGCCCUCCCGUCUACAGUCCUCCAUACAGCCCGGAAUCCAAUGGCUACGGCCCCCCACAAAGCUACCACCCGCCCAGGAGUGAGUUUGACCCAUACCCACCCCCACCGGGCUCCUACUACAUGGAAGAGAAGCCCCAACACUUCUACAAGUGGAUCUCUCCUCCUGGCAUCGUCAAGGCCAUGUUUGGCACAAUCAUAGUGCUCUGUGUGGGGAUCUUUGCCUGUGUGGCCUCCACCCUUGUCUGGGACAUGCAGUACGGGAUGGGGGGGAUGGGCUCCUACGGCGGAGGGAUGGGCUACGGUGGCGGUUAUGGGGGAAUGGGAGGCGGCUAUGGCUCCAGCUACGGCUCUGGCUAUGGAGGAGGCUAUGGAGGAGGCUAUGGUAACUAUGGUAGCUCCUACCCGACACCUUACUCGGCCAAAACAACCAUGAUAGCUAUGGCGGCCAUCAACUUCUUUGUGGCGCUGGGAUUCUUCGUGGCCAGUUUCUCUAAAUCGACCACGUUCAGGAGCAGGAAGUUCUUCCUGGUGGUUCUGGUGGUCAGUGUCAUUAUGGCUGUCAUCCAGGGUAUCAUCACCAUUGUGUACGUCGUAGGGGUGAACCCUAUGGCACAGAGCUCUCAGAACAUGAUGUACAACCCUAUGCUGAUGAUGUGCCAGAACCUGUACGGAAGCAGCUAUUCUAAUAUGGGUGGAGUGGGGGGUUUCGGCAUGUAUAACCAGUACCUCUAUCACUACUGCUACGUGGACCCACAAGAGGGUGUAGCCAUGGUGUGUGGCUUCCUGGUUACCGCUGCCUUGGUCGUGGCUGCUUUCUUCUCCCACAAAACCAGAGGCAAGAUCUGGCGCUACGGCAAGCCAAACAUCUACUGGGAACAGCCCCCUGAGACUGGAGGACUAGUUUCUGAAGGCAGAGAUGUGAAGGACUGGGUGAACAAUGUAGAGGACGGACAAAGUACUCAGGGUGCACCUACCGUGGUGCUGUCAGAGAAGUCCGUCCCCCUCAACGCCUCAGCCAAUAGCAUCAUCUCCUACCCGACCAAGGCUGACAGCAGGGUGUACACUGGAGACGCCUACAAUGAUGACGUGUAUUCAGAGCAUCUGGCUAUCCUUCCCUCGGACCAGCCCUCCCAGGGGGCCAGUUCCAGCCCCUCUGAGGAGGCAGGGGGGGUCAGGAAGCCCUCUGCUAACAGGGGGAAGAGGCGCCGGCGCAACCCUGAGCUGGAUGAAUCACAGUACGAAACAGAGUACACCACUGGAGGAGAGACUGGCAACGAACUGGACCCAGAGGAGUGGGAGAGCGUCUACCCAGAGAUAACGUCAGACAGCCAGCGUCAGGAGUACAAGAGGGAGUUUGAUGCCGACCUGAGGGAGUACAAACAUCUGUGUGCUGAGAUGGAUGACAUCAGUGACCAGAUGAACAAACUCAGCAGGCAGCUGGACACACUGGACGAGACCUCCGCCCAGUACCAGGUUGUGGCAGAGGAAUAUAAUCGACUGAAAGACCUUAAGAGGACACCAGACUACCAGGCUAAGAAGCUGGAGUGUCGUAAGUUGAGACACAAACUGUUCCAUAUCAAACGUGUGGUCAAGGCCUACGACAAGAGCCUUUCUUAAAGCCAAGCUCUCCCUCCAACCCUAUCCAACCCCCUCUGUCGUCAUGACAACACCACACUCCUGGACUAAGAAUAUGCAGAACACUAAGAAUAUGCAAAACACUAAGAUUAUGUAGAAUGUUGAAAACCAAAGCUCCCUUCUUGGCAUUUACACACACACACACACACACACACAUUAAUGACAUGGUUAUGUGAUUCCUUCUGCCUCGAUUAAUUUCAGACCAGUUCUCUUCUCUAUGUGGAUUGCUUCACAGACACUAUCGUACACUGUGGGGUUGAAAGACUAUAUUCAUAAUACUUCACACGUAACACACAGCCCACUAGCACUGCCAUAUUCCUAACUGUGCCUAGUAAGUAACAUUGUUGUACAUGCUUGCCUUGAAACACGGCAGUCUAUUUGACUGAAUGGGUGUGGUUAUAAAAGGUUACUUCAAUGUCGUUUCACCUGAGGUCGUCUGUGAUAGAAGCAUUGGGCCUUUGCUGGUUCCUGUUUGCAUUGUUUUAUCUCCACAGAUAAGGCAGUAUCGUAGAAAAGGGCAAGUCACAUUGCUGAGUAUGCACCAAACCUACUAGAACAAACCCGUGCUGUGUGCUUCAAGCACUCCACAAAAGAAAGCUAAAAUAACCGCUGUUUUCUCUAAAAAAAGGACUGAAUUCCACCAUAUAUUAUGACAGUUGGAGGACCGGCGGUAUGUGAACACUCUCGGAGCUGCGUUCAGUAAAUUCAUUCUGGUUAUCUACCCGGAUUUCAGAGCACUCUAGUCUUUGUGCCAGAGCGCAAAUAACUGACAUCAGAUGAACAUGACUGGUGUCAGUAAACGUCGGUAAAAAAAGAAAGAAAAAAAAAGCGUAAUUAAAUUGUUGCCAGCAGCACAGUUCCAGUCACCAACGCACUAGGGUAACAUGAAAACAGCAUAACCAGCUCUGUCAGGGCGAGUCAAGUGGUCAGAGUGAGGUGUUCUCUCGUUUGUGUCUCGGAAGUAGCUAGCAAGCUAGGCAACGUUAGUUUGGGAGCUUGACUGCUAUUGGGAGGUCAGAACGCACGGAACAACCGUAGUCCUCGGGCGUCAGCGUACAGUGCGCAUCUCUGAACGCUCCGACGAGAGCGAAACGCUCUGAAUGUACGAACUGACAACACCGCACUCUGAACGUACUCUGGCAUUCCAGAUUGAAUUUACGAACUGACACUCUGACAACACCGCACUCUGAACGUACUCUGGCAUUCCAGAUUGAAUUUACGAACUGACACUCUGACAACACCGCACUCUGAACGUACUCUGGCAUUCCAGAUUGAAUUUACGAACUGACACUCUGACAACACCGCACUCUGAACGUACUCUGGCAUUACAGAUUGAAUUUAGGAACUGACACUCUGUUGUGUAUUGCCAUGACAACCUCAAUGUUGUGUUUGAGGAAAGUCGGGCUAUGUUUGCAACAUUGUCAGUGAAAUUACUAUUGUACUGUGUCUGCAGAUAAUUUCCAAUAUCACCAUCUAGACUUCUUCUAAAUCUGUUGUCCAUUGUGAUUAACUGUAUAUUUUGUAUAUAUUUUGUAGUUAAACAGGAUUUAAAUGGUGAAGUAUUUACUAAUAACACAGGAUCAAGAGGAACAAAACGCUUUUGUAUUUGUCCUAUGCAUUUUUCAUGUUAGGAGCUGUAUGUCUGAAUUCCUGCCACGUUCACGCGCCAGUCAGAACUAGGAAACGCUGACAUUUCCCACUUGCUAACUGGUUGAACGUGGCACGGCACGUCUGUAACUUCAAACAGUUAGCGAGUCGGACAUUCCUGAGUUUCCUAGUUCCGAUUAGUACAUGAACGCGGCAAUAUAGUGACAUUUUGGUCAUUGUGUACUUACUGAAGAGACAACUGAACUGUUGUCCAGGGUGUUUUCUCAUUGGUCAUUCACAAUGCACUGAUGCUAUGCACAUAUUAAUUAACCAAUGACAGGGGCAGUAUUUUUAUGAACAAUGUUUGUCUCAUCAUGUGCUCUUUAAACACUGUGGGAAGCAUGCAUCAAUGUGGUAAAUGUAUCAAUAAGCUCAACUUGGUUUUGAUUUGAUUUCUCUGCUGUGAUAUAAUGAUUACCUGUUGAUUUAUUAUGUGUUGUUGUCACUGCUCUGCUAAUACACACCUUCUGCAAGGUAAUGCUUCUCAAUGUCAGUUAGAAAAUUAUUUACAGCUAUUUGGAUUAUUUGUUAUUCAUUUGUAUUUUCUAUGUUUGAAUUGAUGAGAUUUAUGGAGAACAGAUUUUUGUCCCCCCCCCCCAUUUAUGAGUAUUUUAUUUUUAUAUGAAUUUAUUUCCUUUCAUGUUACUGUAAAAUCUCUUGUAAAAAGGCAUAAUUUCUAAAAACGUGUUGAUUGCCAUGACAAAAAAAUAAACUUCUGUAAUUCUUUAACAACGGUAAUGUAACAAA